UGGGAACUAAGUGUUGUUGAGUCGACGAUUAUCGUGCUCACCAUCGGUCUCAGCUUCGAUUUCACUCUCCAUUUUGCCGUCUCCUAUCGAGAUGAGAUCGAAAAAGAAGUGAAAGUGAGGAUAAGUUCAUGCCUAUCCUCUGCCGGACGAGCUUGUCUUCUUGGUGCCAUUACUUCCGUUCUCUGUGGAAUUCCUUUGUUGUUCGCGAAUACGGCUGCUUUUGCUCAGGGUAUGGAAGGGAGUGGCAAGCUCAGCCUUCCAUUUGACUUUGGUCAGGUUGGCUCUAUGCUACUUACUCUUGGAAUAACAUCAUUGUGUGGCGCUACCAUACUGUUUCCUGCUGUUUUGAUGUGUAUGACCGAUAUCAGCAGAAAAAGAAUUUACAGUGUACACUUCUAG